AUGAGGGUGAGAUCCCAGGCACCUGUGGUCACACACUCCACUACCGUCACUAAUGAUCAAGGUACCUUUGUCCAGAACCAGCCAGGUGUGUCCACCCUCCAGCUGACCAACACCACCUUCAAGAGAACUGCCCUGCCGAGCUGGCAUCCAGAGAAAAUUGCUUCUGGUCAACCACAGCCACUGCCUCAGUUGUCCAGUGUGUCCAAAACAAUCACAGGUGACCAGUCCAGACAUAUUAACCAUGGUACAGGUCCUGUGGAGAUGUCCAGUGGACAAACCACCAAUGUAACUGACCAGUCCAAGUGGCCAAAGACAGAACCAGCCACACCAGAAUCUCCUGUGCCCCCAUGUGUUGGAAUGGAGACUGAAGUUGCCACAGCCCCACACCCCCUGAAGAAGGAAAAACCAUGUAACUCUCCCUUAGUGAAGCAGGAAUUCAGCUUGAAGAAGUCACGGAAGAGGAAGAGUGCCCCUUUUAUACCUGGUGCCAAAGUCCAUCUUUUGCCAAAGUUACCACCCCUGCCAAAUCUUGAGUUGCCAGAUCUUGAUGCUGACGUCUCCAGUGGUAAGAAGAGGAAAGGCACAGUGUCUGCUCCCAUAGUGAUAGAUGAAGAUUCUCUACCAGAUGUGGACGUGAAAGAGAACAUUCAAAAUAAAAGUCCAGGUGCCAACAACCUAAGUAGUGAUGGUCGCACUAAUUGUGUUGGCCCAAGAACAACUCUAAUUGUCUGUCCUCUGUCUGUGCUCAGCAACUGGAUUGACCAACUAGAAGACCACGUAGAUGAAAGAGUCCAUCUUGCCAUCAAUGUAUUCUAUGGACCUUCUAGAUGUAAGAGUGCUCAAGUUCUACAACAACAAGAUAUUGUGUUGACUACAUAUCAGACUGUUACUACAGAUAGUAAGGGGAAGAAUAUUCUGGGUAAAGUGAAGUGGUUGAGGGUGGUAUUAGAUGAAGGUCACACCAUCAGGAAUCCUAACACACAGAUGACCAAGGCUAUCCUUGGACUACAGACACAGAGGAAGUGGGUCUUGACAGGUGAUGUCUGGGAGCAGUUCCUUGUUUAUGAGUACCACCAGCGUAAACUACACAGAGUUUAG